UCUCCCAGUUCAAGUAGUAUAAAACUUCAAUCCAUAGGUUGCAUAUGGCUAGCUCUGGCUCAAGUAGUUUGAUAGAAAUGACUCUGAAGCUUACAAACAAGAUCGAUAGAAAGAGACUCAGGCCUGGAGAUCGUAUUUAUGCUUACAGAAAAGCGGCCAUCUACGCCCACCAUGGUAUCUUCAUUGGGGGAGAUAGAGUGAUUCACUUUAACAGAACACAAGAAGGAAACACAUCGAGACGAGGAAGGCCAUGCAGAAACUGUGGGCUUGUCAAAAAUGACCUCCGAGGAGUUGUCAUGUCCUGCAUUGACUGUUUCCGCGACGGCCACUCCCUCCGCCGCUUCCGAUACGGCGUUAGUUGGGGCCUUUACGUCAUCAGCCGGCCAGGCACAUGCACCACCGGCGAGGCUCCCCGUGCAGAAGAGACCAUCAGCCGCGCCAUUGAGGAGUUAAACAAGAAAGAUUUUGGGGACUAUCACGUGCUUCAGAACAACUGCGAGACCUUUGCGGUGUUCUGCACGACGGGGAACCGCAGGAGCGACCUGGCGAGCACGGCUAUAUCGGCGAUCAAGGUGGCGAUUCACAGGCUUUAUAGUGAUGUGAAGAGUAAUCACGGCAAGGAGAAGCUCAACGAGUUAAAGCAGGCGAUUGAGAGCCUUUUUGUUGAUGUGAAGAAUCCUCACGGCGAGGAGAAGCUCAACAAGUUGAACCAGAUGAUUGAUAUCUGGGUCACUAAUAGGGCGUCGCCUGAAGAGAUCAGUGACGGAUUAAAAAAUCUUGAAAAGGAUCAGUAGGGUCAUUAACUCAUGAUCUGAUCAGCGCGCGCUUGAAUGUUGAGAUUAUUUGAAAUUAAGAAAGUUUCCAAAAGGGCAUAGAUCGAGAGAGAUGCUGACGCAGUCCAUUUUGUGUCCCAAGUCACCAUCAGUGUCAUCAUCCUCAGGUAGCUUCUUCACUUCUCUCUCUUUGUUCUGUCCAACUUGUCUCAAAUACUCUGAGAAACAUAAGCUGCAUGCUUCUCUAACUCACUCAAAUCCCAGCGAGGGUGUCAAAGAAUUCAACUUUCUAGCUUUAAACGACGAAACGCAUGCAAUUACUGACCACCCAAAUGGCCCAACUCUCGGUUUUAGUUAUACAACCAUUUGUUACAAGAUUUUUGUAGAGUUGGGCAUGUUGACAAGGCCAUGGCUCUUCUUGCUCAAAUGGAAGCUCUUGGCUUUCGACCCAAUUCGGUAUCCUACACUCGUCUAAUUGAUGCUCUAGGAAGUAUUGGGAGGACUUUGGAGGCUGAUGUGUUGUUUCAGGAAAUGAUUUUUGUGGGGUUUAGGCCAAGAAUUAAGCUUUACAAUGUGUUGCUUAGAGGGUUUUUGAAGAAAGGUUUGUUAGGACUUGCAAUUAGAGUUUUGGGGGUAAUGGGUGAUUUGGGUACUGAGAGAAAUCAAGAAACUUAUGAGAUUUUACUUGAUUACUGUGUCAAUGCUGGGAGGUUGGAGGAUACUUGGUCAAUGAUUAAUGAGAUGAAGCGGAAGAGGUUUCGGCUGGGAUCAUUUGUGUAUAGUAAGGUUAUUGGUCUUUAUAGGGACAAUGGGAUGUGGAAGAAAGCAAUGGACAUUGUGGAAGAGAUAAGAGAAAUGGGGAUGGUAUUAAACAAACAGAUUUACAACAGCAUUAUUGAUACAUUUGGGAAAUAUGGCGACUUGGAUGAAGCAUUGGAAGUCUUUGGGAAAAUGAAACAAGAAGGUGUAAGGCCUGAUAUUUCGACCUUUAAUUCGUUGAUAAGGUGGCACUGUAAGUCUGGGUUGUUAAAGAAGGCCCUGGAGUUGUUUACCGAGAUGCAAGAACAAGGAUUAUAUCUUGAUCCGAAAAUGUUUGUUACUAUUAUCAGUAGAUUGGGGGAGCAAGGGAAGUGGGAUAUGAUACAGAAGACCUUUGAGAAUAUGAGAAGCCGAGGGCAUAAAAAAAGUGGGACUAUUUAUGCUGCUCUGGUUGACAUUUAUGGGCAAUAUGGAAAAUUUCAGGACGCAGAAGAGUGUAUAUCUGCACUAAAUGCCUAUGCCCAGCAGGGAUCAUGUGAUCAGACAGUCAAAGUACUUCAGCUCAUGGAAGUCGAGGGAAUCGAACCAAAUGUGAUAAUGCUGAAUGUUUUGAUUAAUGCUUUUGGUAUUGCUGGUAGACAUUUGGAGGCUUUGUCCAUUUAUCACCAUAUAAAAGAAAGUGGUUUAAGCGCCGAUGUAGUUACUUAUACUACCCUUAUGAAGGCGUUUAUUCGAGCAAGGAAGUAUGAUAAGGUCCCUGAGAUAUACAUGGAUAUGGAACGUGCUGGAUGCACCCCAGAUAGAAAGGCUAGACAGAUGUUAGAAGUCGCUUCAUUGGUCCUUCAACAGAGGAAUUGAGAGUAUCCGGAUGGCUUUAAGUGAGUUUGUGAUGCAAUGUGCUCAUGUUGUGUCGUAUGGGUCUAAUUAGAGACCAAACUACUCUUGAUAUUAUCGUUAACUAGGGUUUUCUGAGACGGCUGUUGAAUCACACUCAUAAAUGUUUGAAACUGUCAGCUGGUGAAAAUUUCUGUUUCUGAUGCAAUACACGGGAGUGAGAUCUCAAAUAUCUUGGUAUUAACUAUAUGAAGUGAAAAAUGUGAGAGAUAUAUCCAACACAUGUCAACACUCUUUGUGAGCUGCCAACUGUGUUUUCUGAAGCCAAGGCUCGCACCAUCAGAGACCCAACUUAUAGCUUGUGCUGAACUAAACACAAGCAGAUCUUUUGCUGUUUUGCAGCAGAAUCGAGUGGACCAAUCGAAAUUAUGUUCAUAUUGUACAUGUAAUGGAAAACUUGUUCAUAUUUUUACGAGAAAAUCAAUAUACAAUCUUGAACAAGUUUUGUUUGCUCA